GCCAGACGCCAGAUAAUAAGCCGCAGGGAUUCAUCGAAGAAGAGGAGGCGACCAUGUUGAUUUAAAGGAAGAAGAAACACAAUAGAGACGAAUUAUUUCAAGAUAUUUUCAGCUAAUUUAGAAGAAAAUUGUUAAUUCACCGCACUCAGAGCACCGCUCGUACAGUAACGCAGCUUUUCAGGUGGGACGUUUGAGUCGUCGGUCUGGAUCUUUUGGAGGCGGGGAGUUUGCGGCGCUGCACGCUUCGGGCCUACCGGAUCAUCCCUGCUGUCGACGGAGAGGAGGAGGAAUAGAACCGGAGCACAACGGAAACGCACUGAGGACUACAAGGGCAGAAAGCUUCUCUGCUUUGGACUAAAAUCCUUGUUGGAUCUUAAUUUUUUUUCCACACAUGAAGCAACAGAACCUCUCCUGGUAGAGAUAAAUGAAAUACUGGCUUUCUGGAGACGACCGUGUACAAAGUUGGACUUCCUGUUCUCUGGAUCAGGGACAUGCAGCAGCUCUCUGGGACUGGCAGUAAAAAGCAGAGAUAUUAUUGACGAUAGAAACUCAUUUUGGUGCAGAUUGCCUUGUUCUGUUUCAGGACUGGAACCACUUUGAUGCUUGUUCACGUAUAAUUUUUCUAUAUCGUGGACGAGUCUAUUUCUGCACAUGGUUGCAGAUUUCUCUUCAUUUGGAAGAGUUUUUGUGUAAAAACUAGUUUUGUUUUUGUCGGCUGUGCAGCGGUCAGUGUGAUGAGCUGCGGCUUCGUGUUUAUAUGUAAAUAUUACUGAGCCAUUUCUCUGCAAAGCGCUUCGGACACACAGAGAAUAUUGUUGAACGCUUUAUUAAACCUUAGGAUUUUUUACUGACGACAGAAUUUAAGAGGCAAAAAUCUAAAAAAAAACAAACAGAAGUUCAGGAAAAAAUGGCAACAGCCCGAACGGAAAACCUCGGUCCGGUCGUGAUGGGACUGAAUAAGCAGAACGGGCAGCUCAAAGGACAGACCAAACCUGCUGCAGGACCCCCAGCAUCAACUCAAGGAAAGAAUCCAGCUGGGAGCAACCAGGACGGCGGAGGAAUCAAGUUUGGAGACGACUGGAAGAAAUGCCUACAGCUCCCCCCGAAGGACAACAGGGUCAAAACCUCAGACGUCACGGCAACCAAGGGCAACGAGUUUGAAGAUUACUGCCUGAAAAGGGAACUCCUGAUGGGAAUCUUUGAGAUGGGCUGGGAGAAACCGUCACCGAUCCAGGAGGAGAGCAUUCCCAUCGCGCUGUCCGGGCGCGACAUCCUGGCGCGAGCGAAGAACGGGACGGGGAAAAGCGGCGCCUACCUGAUCCCGCUGCUGGAGCGGAUAGACCUGAAGAAGGACCACAUACAGGCCAUCGUCAUGGUGCCCACACGGGAGCUGGCGCUGCAGAUGAGCCAGAUCUGCAUCCAGCUCAGCAAACAUCUGGGCGGAGUCAAAGUGAUGGCGACGACCGGAGGAACCAACCUGAGGGACGACAUCAUGCGCCUGGACGAGACGGUGCACGUCGUCAUCGCCACGCCCGGCCGCAUCCUGGACUUGAUAAAGAAAGGCGUGGCGAAGGUGGACCGGGUCCAGAUGAUGGUGAUGGACGAGGCGGACAAGCUGCUCUCUCAGGACUUCGUGGUUCUCAUCGAGGACAUCAUCAGCUUCCUGGCCAAGAACCGGCAGAUCCUGCUCUACUCCGCAACCUUCCCCAUCAGCGUCCAGAAGUUCAUGGUGAGUCAGCCGGACGGGCCUCUCCGCAGCCGUACGGUUUUCCCUGGAAGGGCGCGGGAAGGACCUGUCUGUUUUCAGGAGUACCGGAACCGCGUGUUCCAUGACUUCAGGAACGGACUCUGCAGGAACCUGGUCUGCACCGAUCUCUUCACCAGAGGAAUCGACAUCCAGGCUGUGAACGUCGUCAUCAACUUCGAUUUCCCUAAAAACGCAGAAACGUACCUGCAUCGCAUCGGGAGGUCCGGGCGGUUCGGCCACCUGGGCCUGGCCAUCAACCUGAUCACCUCGGAGGACCGCUUCAACCUGAAGGCCAUCGAGGAGCAGCUGGUGACCGACAUCAAGCCCAUCCCCAGCAGCAUCGACAAGAGCCUCUACGUGGCCGAGUACCACUCCGGGCCCGUUGCCGACGGCGACGAGGACGAGGCGGAAGUGAAGCCGCCGCGCCAYGCCGGACAGAGCGCGGAGUCGGACCAGAGCGGUUCUGGAAAGAUCUGCGACGGUUUUCCUUGUUCUGACUGA